AACCUCAAGGAGCUGCGGGAGCGGGUGCUGCGGGGCAAGUACCGCGUGCCCUUCUACAUGUCCACGGACUGUGAGAACAUCCUGCGGCGCUUCCUGGUGCUCAACCCCGCCAAGCGCUGCACCCUCGAGCAAAUCAUGAAGGACAAGUGGAUCAACAUCGGCUACGAGGGUGACGAGCUGACGCCCUACACCGAGCCCCAGGAGGACUUUGGGGACACCAAGCGCAUCGAGGUGAUGGUGGGCAUGGGCUACACGAGGGAGGAGAUCAAGGAGGCGCUGAGCACCCACAAGUACAACGAGGUGACGGCCACCUACCUGCUGCUGGGCCGCAGGGGAGAGCCCGAGGGUGGCACUGCCCUGUCCCUGUCCCUGUCCCGGCCCCGGGGCGUGGCCGAGGCGCCCAACGGUGCCACCAAGUCGGGGACGUCGUCGGGGACAUCGGGGACGUCCCACGGCAAGGGACAGCGCGGGGGCGGCCACCACCGGCAGCGGCGGCACAGCGACUUCUGUGGCCCCGCCCCCUCGGCCGCCCCUCCCCCCCGGCGCAGCCCCCCCUCGGCCGCCCCUCCCCCCUCGGAGCUGCGCGAAGGGGGCGUGGCCGGGGGCGUGGCCGGGGGAGCGGCCCCGCCCCCCAGGAGGGGCUCCGGGGGGGGGAGGGGCGGAGGGGGAGGGGCCGGGCCGCCCCUCCCCCCCCCCUGCAGCCCAUUGGUCAGCAGCGCCCACAACCCCAACAAGGCCGAGAUCCCCGAGAGGCACCUGGACGGACAGCCCCACGUGCCCCCCAGCGUGAUGGGCCGCAGGAACACCUACGUGUGCUCGGGGGGGGAGCGGCACCUGCUGCUGCCCAACGGCAAGGACAGCCUGCCGUCCCGCCCGCCGCCCUCCCCCUCCAGCCACUCCCUGGGCGGGGCUCACCUGGCUCACCUGGCCCGGGGCUGCUCCGCCCGCAGCACCUUCCACGGCGGGGGGGGCGGGGCCGGAACCGGAACCGGCACCGGAACCCGCCGGGGGGGCGGAGCCACCGGAGCCCCGCCCCCAGCCUCGCCCCCGCCCCCCAGCGCCGCCUCCCCCCGGCCCCGCCCCACGGCCACGCUGCUGAGCAAGAUCACCUCCAAACUGACCCGCAGGUGAGCGCACCUGGGAACACCUGGGAACA